GCCACAUGCAUUUCACAAAUCUUGAUUGGCACUGGCCCCCCCAGAGGAGGAGUUAACUGCAUGUCUCUUUCAGCUGAGGUGACUGCUGGUCUCUCUCUCCUGCUCCAGUAACUGGAGGCACAAGUUCCCUCUUCCCCAGCCUCAGCUUCAAUUCUCAAAAAGUCUGGGCUGUGUUCUGCUGCUACAGCCAUGGCACCCAAAAAGAGCAAGACCACCAAGAAAAGUAAAGGAGACAUAAAUGAAAUGACCAUCAUGGUUGAGGACAGCCCCAUCAACAAGAUCAACGGGUUAAAUACUCUGUUGGAAGGAGGAAAUGGUUUCAGCUGCAUCUCAACUGAAGUCACUGACUCAGUGUACGCCCCGAAUCUCCUGGAGGGCCUGAGCAGCAUGAGGCAAGAGAGCUUCCUCUGCGAUCUGACAGUAGCCACCAAGUCCAAGUCAUUCGACGUGCACAAGGUCAUCAUGGCCUCCUGCAGCGAGUACAUUCGAAACAUUCUGAAGAAGGACUCCACCCUCCAGAAGAUCGACCUGACUGACCUCUCACCGGUCGGCCUCGCCACUGCCAUUACGUAUGCAUACUCCGGAAAGCUGACCCUGUCACUCUACAGCAUCGGCAGCACGAUCGCCGCCGCCAACCUGCUGCAGAUCGGCACCCUGGUGAAAAUGUGCAGCGACUUCCUCAUCCAGGAGCUCAGCGUGGAGAAUUGCAUGUACGUGGCCAAUAUUGCAGACGCCUACAGUCUCAAAGAAACCAAGGAGGCCUCCCAGAAGUUCAUGCGGGAGAACUUCAUUGAGUUCUCCGAGAUGGAGCAGUUCCUGAAGCUCACCUACGAGCAGAUCAGCGACUUCCUCUCAGACGACUCCCUGCAUUUGCCCUCCGAAAUCACGGCUUUCCAGAUCGCCAUGAAGUGGUUGGACUUUGACGAGAAGAGGCUGAAGUACGCAGCAGAUCUCCUGACCCACAUCCGCUUCGGCACCAUCUCUGCCCAAGACCUGGUGAAUCACGUCCAGAGCGUGCCCAGGAUGAUGCAAGACUCUGAGUGCCACCGUCUCCUUGUUGAUGCCAUGAAUUACCAUCUGCUGCCAUACCAACAGAACAUCCUCCAGUCACGCAGAACAAAGGUCCGCGGAGGCCUCAAGGUGAUUCUCACAGUUGGCGGACGUCCUGCCCUGACAGAGAAAUCUCUCAGCAAAGAUGUCCUCUAUAGAGAUGCAGAUAACGUGUGGAAUAAGUUUACAGAGAUGCCGGCAAAGAGCUUUAACCAGUGUGUGGCAGUCUUGGAUGGUUUCCUGUAUGUGGCAGGUGGCGAGGACCAGAAUGAUGCAAGGAACCAGGCUAAACAUGCUGUCAGCAACUUCUGCAGAUAUGACCCCCGCUUCAACAAUUGGAUUCACUUGAGCAGCAUGAUCCAAAAGCGCACCCACUUCAGCCUUAACACCUUCAAUGGCCUCUUGUUUGCCAUCGGAGGGCGAAAUUCUGAUGGCGUUCAGGCCUCUGUGGAAUGCUAUGUGCCCUCCUCCAACCAGUGGCAGAUGAAAGCUCCCAUGGAUGUGCCCCGCUGCUGUCAUGCCAGCUCCGUCAUCAUUGGAAAGAUCCUUGUGUCCGGAGGGUACAUCAACAACGCCUACUCCAGGGCUGUGUGCUCGUAUGACCCCUCCACCGACACCUGGUACGAUAAGACCAGCCUCAGCACACCUCGAGGUUGGCACUGCGGUGCCACCGUGGGAGACCGGGCCUACGUCAUUGGCGGCAGCCAGCUGGGAGGCCGCGGGGAGAGGGUGGAUGUCCUUGCCGUCGAAUCUUUCAACCCUCACAGUGGCCAGUGGAGCUACUGCACACCCCUGCACACGGGGGUGAGCACGGCAGGUAUUUCCAUUUUGAACAACAAGGUUUAUCUCCUCGGAGGUUGGAACGAGGGCGAGAAGAAAUACAAGAAAUGCAUUCAGGUUUUCAACCCCGACCUCAAUGAAUGGACUGAUGACGAUGAAUUGCCGGAAGCCACGGUCGGUAUUUCAUGCUGUGUCCUGAUCAUGCCCACACGGAAAACACGAGAGUCCAGAGCCAGUUCAGUUUCAUCUGCACCCGUCAGUAUAUAAGAGCUGAAUUGAUAGUGAUGAUGUAGUUUACAUGUCUACAGGUCUCCAGGUCUCCAGCUUGUCUGUUGCAGGAAGCUUAGUUCUCAGCUAUAACAACAGCCACUUUUUUGGGACUAAGAUUAUCAGUUGAAAUGGGCAUCAACUUUUAUGAUGACAAAAAUGAAAAAAAUGUUUAAAAAAAUGCAAAUUUGGGAACAUGGCCUUGUAAAAAAAUUUAACAAAAAAUGUAAAAAUAAUUUUAUUGAAGCAAAAUUAAGCCGGUGUUGGCAAAGACAAUAAAAAAUACUUUAAAUGUUAUGUUGCAUUUAUUUUGCAUCAUUAGGGUCAGAUGAUGUUUAUGAUAAAGAAAACUCUGCAUAGUUAUAUGUGUCAAUUUCAUUCGUUUUAGACAGAAGUUUCAUUUUGGGGCCAAUUCAGUUGGGAUAGUUUCAUUAGCCCUUUUCUAAACAUAUUUUAUAUGAAAAGGUAUAAAAUACAAAAUCUGUGACACAACUGUCUUUUUUACCCAGUACUAUGGAAAUAACACCCCUGGAUUUUGUGACAGCCCAGGUUAUGGUGACUACAGCCACUGUGAUUCUCAGAUACUUGAACAGAACAGUGAACGUCAGAAAGCUGGAGCUGUGUGUCGGCAGUGUCACCUACCAGGAGUAGGCGACCGUGACGAGUGUUCAAACACACCACGCAGUGUUCAGUAGUCUUGUGUGCAGUUGUGAAGGAAACAGAUUCUCUCGGGAAGAUGUCGGCGUGAUGAGGGUUGAAUGGGCAUGGAUGUGACAGUCAUAAUGAAUAAACUAUUUUGUAAAAAAGAAAAUGAAAAAUAUGACUUGUGAGUGACGCUGUCAGCCUGAGCUCUCCUGGAAGUCAAUGCGCAUGAAUUCCUUGACUGCUCAUGUCUUUUCUUUUCUUUUUGUUUGUUAUUAAAUUAAAUUUUAAAUUAAAGAAAUGAAGUGUAUACGCUA